ACCACCCAGCCUGCCUGGUGUACAGAGCAGACGGGGACAGGGAUAGACAGAGCCAGGAAAGCCGUCCGAGAAGUGGCUGGGCGUGACGUCACGAGUUUUCGGAACGUCAACAACAACCUGCAGCAUCAGAACCUGCCAGCGGCGGUUCCCAGUGGGCGGUUCCUGGGGUAAGAGGAGUUGCUGUCGCUUUUUUCUGCCACCACAACCUCUCUGUAUUGUUUGAAGCCAUUCCAGCAGCGACACAGUUCAUCCUCUCGUUGUGUUUCCGGCCAAAGCGGCUUCUCUCUCAUUUAUUCACACGCGCACAAGAAAAGCGCGAGCUUAAAAAAGUACAGGCACGAUAGGGGAACCCAUUGCUCUCCCCACGACUUCCCGCGCCAGUCAGGCUGAGUCACCACUGGAGAGUGGGAAGGUCUGGAGAGAGCGAACGAGAGAGAGAGGGGAGGGGAGGGAGAGAAGAAACAACCACGAGAGGAAGAGAAGACGCGACACACCACUUGUAUGUGAGUGUGUGAGAGAGAGCGAGAGCAACUGAGCGAGCUGCCGGGAGAGCGCCAGUAAGGGAGGGCGAGAAACACCGCCGGCGUCGAGGCUGGGAGGCACCAUGAGCGAUGUCACCAUCGUCAAAGAAGGCUGGGUGCAAAAAAGGGGAGAAUAUAUCAAGAACUGGAGACCACGCUACUUCCUGCUGAAAACGGACGGUUCGUUCAUAGGUUACAAAGAGAAACCACAGGACGCAGACCUACCUUAUCCCCUUAAUAACUUCUCUGUUGCAAAAUGCCAACUGAUGAAGACAGAACGACCAAAGCCCAACACAUUCAUCAUCAGAUGUCUACAAUGGACCACCGUCAUAGAGAGGACCUUCCAUGUGGACACGCCAGAGGAAAGGGAUGAGUGGACGGAGGCGAUCCAGAUAGUAGCAGACAAACUCCAAAGACAGGAGGAAGAGAGGAUCCAAUGCAGUCCCACGUCUCAGAUGGACAACAUCGGAGAGCUGGAGGAGAUGGACACCUCUACCAGCCACCAUAAACGGAAGACAAUGAAUGACUUUGACUACUUAAAACUACUGGGAAAAGGCACAUUUGGUAAAGUGAUUCUAGUGAGAGAGAAGGCUAACGGGAAAUAUUAUGCAAUGAAGAUUUUGAAGAAAGAAGUCAUUAUUGCAAAGGAUGAAGUGGCACACACACUCACAGAGAGCAGAGUAUUAAAAAACACCAGGCACCCUUUCCUAACUUCUUUGAAGUAUUCCUUCCAGACUAAAGACCGUCUGUGCUUUGUAAUGGAAUAUGUGAAUGGAGGAGAGCUGUUUUUCCAUUUGUCGAGAGAGCGGGUGUUCUCUGAGGACCGCACGCGCUUCUACGGUGCCGAAAUAGUCUCCGCUCUGGACUACCUGCACUCCGCCAAGAUUGUGUACCGGGAUCUCAAGCUGGAGAACCUAAUGCUAGACAAAGACGGACACGUCAAAAUCACAGACUUCGGGCUCUGCAAGGAAGGAAUCACAGAUGCUGCUACAAUGAAGACUUUCUGUGGAACGCCGGAGUACCUAGCUCCAGAGGUGCUGGAGGACAAUGACUACGGCCGGGCAGUGGACUGGUGGGGCCUGGGCGUGGUCAUGUAUGAGAUGAUGUGCGGUCGGCUGCCCUUCUACAACCAGGACCACGAGAAGCUGUUUGAGCUCAUCCUCAUGGAGGACAUCAAGUUCCCCCGCACGCUGUCGUCAGACGCCAAGUCACUGCUGUCAGGACUACUCAUAAAGGACCCCAACAAAAGACUUGGAGGAGGUCCAGAUGAUGCUAAAGAAAUCAUGGGACAUAGUUUCUUUACUGGAAUCGAGUGGCAAGAUGUUUAUGAUAAGAAGCUGAUACCGCCCUUCAAACCUCAGGUGUCGUCAGAGACAGAUACCAGGUAUUUUGACGAAGAAUUCACGGCACAGACAAUUACAAUAACUCCCCCUGAAAAAUUUGAUGAAGACGGGAUGGAUUGCAUGGACAACGAGCGGAGACCACACUUCCCCCAGUUCUCCUACUCGGCCAGUGGGAGAGAAUGACCGCUGUAUCCAGACUGUACUGCACCACCAUCAGUACCAAUGGAAGGUUACAGUAUAAAACCACCCUAGCCUGAGCUAACCCCUCCUCUCUCCAUUUGGGUCAUUCCAUAGUGAGCAUGGAGAUCCAUCACUGUAUGUUUUAUGUGUCUGUUUUUUCAUGGGGAUUUUGCAUGUGUGGUCAGACAGAAGUUCAGCCCUGUUGGUAGUUCCCAACAGUUAAAGGUGCAUUUCUUAUGGAAUGCUCCUUUUAAAGCCUUGAAACUGACUCAAGAGGGCAAACGGGUUUGUUGUGUUAUGUGGUGUGUCAUUAGAUCCCUUGGUCAUUGACUUCUGCGAUCCAGUUCUAUCUACUGUAGGAGACUGACAUUCCUGGUAGGGAGAGCUGCCGUCUUUAGUAUUCUCAUUUCACAUAGGACAGUAUACUAUAACUCGAGAUUCACAGGAGAUUCUCCAUUUGUUUGCUGUGUCAUAAUCUGCAACGGUCCUCAUUCUUCUCUUGAUGAUGUUUGGUUAGCUAACAUCUGUGUUGUGUGUAUAGAAAUAUGUUAUACUAUAGGAUUAGAGAUUUUUGCUUUCAGAAGUCAAAAACUGCCAGAAAACAGUUCACUCAGGCUACACAGAGAUCAAUCUGUCUUCACCUCAGUAUACAGGUCACCGGUACUGCUAUCUUUACUCUGCAGGUCAAGCUACAAGCGCUAACUAUACAAACCACCUCCACCACUUCUCAUGGACACUAUGACUGUAGUCUCACAUAUUAUACUGUUACGUCAUUUUGUCCCUUAUUUAAAGUGUGCAACAGUAAAACUCUAGUCUCGUCUGCUAUUUGUUGAUAAGCUGUGAUUUUUACUUUCUCCUCUCGCCUGUGAAAUCAGUCAUUCGAAUAGUGUGAACGCUUUGGGAUGUUGCUCUGCCAAUGUUAUGUAUGAAUGGGAGUAAAUGUUUGUGUACUGUGUAGAGAUUUUAAGGAGCCUAAAGGCACAGCAUUGUUGGCUGUAACCUCCUGUGAAUCCGAGCUUUGCGUUAGCUGUCAGGAACAGCAAGGUUCACCUCAACCUGUCUAACAGUGAGGAUGAGAUGAAGAGCAUUCUAGGUAUGUGUGUCAGGGUUAUCUGGCUGAAGGUAGAUGCUUCCCACAACUGAAAUUAUGAAAAGCUUUAUUUCAGACAUAUCAUCAUAGAAAAUAAAAGCAUUCAAAAACUAACAUGUAUAAAUGUAAAUGAGAAAUGCAAGAUGGUGGCUGUUUACUGUCUAAUGGGGUUUAGAGGUGGGGCUAAACCUGUAAGAAGGGUGAAGGAAUUUGAAUUAUCUGACCGGGGUGGGGGACAUACUGUAUAACUAUGAUUCAAUGGGGACAAGAGGGAGGUAUUGGCAUUGUUUGAUUUGGACCACAGCAAUGGCUUCCUGUUGUUUUAUUUAUUUGUUCUUCUUUUGUAUAACGGUUCUUGUUAUAGGAUUAAUGUCCAGUCUUUUGUUCUGGAUGAAAAAGGCACCUCGAAUAAUGGCUUAAGAAUGUAGAAGCAAAGCCUUCAUGUUUUUGUGUUGUUGGUUUGUUUCUUUGUUCUCUUACCAAAAUAUGACGACAAUGAAAAAGAGAGCAGACAGCAUAUUAAAGAGUUUUAUCAGUACCAAGGUAUUAUUAUUAUUAAAUAUUUUCCAUAAGACUUUUACAUUUCACGGGCAUCUAACCUGGAAUGUCUAAGUGGUAUUAAAACCUUUAAGUUCUCUUCUCCUCAUACAGUAUAUAAGGGCUGCAUAAGCUUCAACUCCCUUUCCAACUGGUAUGACUCUACUGUUGUCUUCUAGCAUCUGAGCAUUCCUGUAAUACAUGUAAAUACAUGAGAAUGGCACAGAACAAGCUUCCUCAAACAGUCUAAUUCACUACAUUUUAGUUGCUUAAUAACACACUGCAUGUUUAGGCCUUUUUCUUUAGCGCUGCUUUUUAGAACAAGAAAAAAUAUGACAUUAGAAUGAAUAACUUAAGCAUUUACAAAGGGAAUAUAUUAAGUGGCUCUACGGUUUUAAAGUCAAGAGAUUGUAAGAAUCGGCGUAGAUGGAGAAGUAAUGAGUAUUAUAGACUCAGUGACCAAUGUUCCCAGGGUAUACACACUGUAUAAUUCACUUUAUCUUGUGGCUGACUACUUUGGGAUCUUGUAACAGCCUUCAAUGCUACAUAGAAUGUAGUUAACUUAACAUUAUGGUGUUGUAUUACCGUUUUACCAUAGCUAAUAGUCAAUGACUAAUCAUUUUUUGGGGUCAUCAUUUUAUUGAAGUGUACCACAGUCAGCAUAGGAAUCUUCAAUUGAUAGUCAAGUCAACCACCUACUCUAUGCUGACUGGCAUCAUUUGAUUUAUUCUAAAAGUGUACAACAUUCAGUAACUUUAGCUCUGUGGAUGAAGAGCCAUAGUAUUCAAUAGUACGUAACACCACCAUUCUGUAUAUCUAUAUAUUUUUUGCUAUUUUAAAGCUAGUUUCCUUCAAUUCUACACAUUCUGCCAUGUCUUAUGUGUGUUCAUGUCAUAUGAGUGACUCAAACAUUACAACAUUAUCAAUGGGCUAAAACAACAUUAGUUGAUCUGGACAUUUCUGACAAGUUAUAAAUAGGUCUCUAAGGUCUAACAAUGACAAGAGGAAAACUACUGAUGUACUACCCAAUUUUUAAAUUGCACCUUGUGCAUUCUACUAUUACAACUUUCAAAAGUUGAAAGCCCGACUAAGUUCCUAGGGGAACCACUAAGGCACAAGUCCUAUCCACUAGUCAUAAGUUAGCCUUGCUUAGCAUCAAUGUGACCUACGAUUAUCCAUUGAAAGGACAAUCAGAGUUUACACAUUCCUGAUUUACAGGUUACAUUCGAGUUCCAUUUCAGAUGUUUGUGAUAUAAUUUAGGUUCAGUAUAUUCCACCAGUGGUUUGCAAAGCAAGGAGGACGUAGCCUAUCAUGCUAAUGUCAGAGCAGAAGACAAACCAUUUUUGUAGCAAGAGAUAUCCUGUCUGUGAAGGUAUGAAAAGAGUUAGAGUGAAUGUAGGGAUGUGGACCAAAAAGACCAAAGCAGAUGUAGUGACAUUUCUCAGAUUAUUACACAUUCCCAAAGGAUGAAUGAUUGGUCUUAUAUUCAUUGUAGUUGAUGGGGUCCAAUAAGAGGGAAAAGAGGAAGUUGAGCAAGAGAGAAGUAUAUUUUGUAUGAGUACAAUAUACUUGUACAUGACUAGUUCAGAAUGUGACUGUGGUAUGGCUUUGAUAGGAGGACGAGUAGUCGUUUGGUAGAACUAAUUUUGAGGUGGCUCGAUAUAGUGAGUCUAUUGAAAAGGUAUGAUGGCCAUAACUUCAAAAAGUGUGCCAUGAUUGGUCCAUAUUUAAGCCACUAGAGAAAAUAUAUAUAUUUUUGCCUGGAACAAGUGUGGUUUUGAGAUUAUAUUGCAAAAUGAGCAAUGGUGAAUCUUGUUCAGUUGUGAUACAAGUAGGAAGUUAACUCUUCUCAUAAGAGAAGACUGAAAUAUGAGAAAGACAUUAUUUGUCUUAGCAUUUAAUUGUUCAUGAUUGAAUGUCCGUCUGUUGUUUUAUUAAUAUAGCCAAUGUAUCGUAGAAGAAUGUGGAGAGAAACUGAACAACUGUGCUGUGAUCACUAACCCCCCCUAGGCUUUCAAUUGUGUGGUUGUCUGUUAUGGUUGAGUUUUCCUCUUUGUCUUCCAAGAUGCAUUCCUUUUUUGUUUUUGCUGGUAUGUGUUUUGACUAAAAAAGAAACAUUUCACCAUGUAUGAUUAAUAGAGGCUUUUAUUGCUUAAUGUGAUUUUGAAUCAUUUUUAUUUAAACAUUUUUUAUUUGAUUUUUAUCAAUGGACAACUUGAAUUUGUUUUGUUUAUUUGAUUUUUGAAUUGAAUAUGGUUGAGUAAUGUUUUGGGGUAUUUAGCAGUCAUGUUAUGGUCUUUAGUACUGCAGCUGAUUAUGGACGUCGGGGAAGGAAGGGAGAGUUACUGUCUUUCGCCUUUUCGGCAUUACUAUUCUUUUUUCUGUGAAAUUCUGUUUUCUCCACCAUUUGUCAAAGUCACACAAAGAAAUAAAAUCUUGCAUUAUUAUGUCAAAUGCUUGAUUAUGUCCCUGGGGGAGACGAUCUGCGUUAAAGCUUGAUUUUAAAUGUAAAGGCAAUGUUCCCGCAUUGUGGAAACUGCAUUCAUGUCAAAUGCUGCAUAUGUUGGCCCAACCGGAAAUUGUCUUUACAUUUUAACGCAGAUCUUCCACGAUACGGAUUGAAUCCAACCCUUAACGGAAACUCCCAUUCCAAAUUGUAAAAAAAAUGCAAACUGAGAAAUCGUGAUCAGUGGUGAAAAUAUGGUUAGUCGUCGCAUCCUGCGGUAUGUUGACAGACGCUACGAUACCAUCCUAUGUUAUGUGCAUCUAACAACGAGAGAUUAGUGGUACUGCUUCAGACACAGAAGACUUCACAUUUCGCUUGGCUGAACUGUGACUAUUGCUGGCUUCACGUGCUUGUGGGGAAUAGGAAACUGGGAUGUCCAACAUGACUGUGUUCAAGAGAAGUGCUUUUGAAGUUGGAACAAUUCUUCAACCAAUAAGCUCGCCUACAUUGCUAAUAAUAAAGUUGGCUAGCUUGCUUUAUAUUGACAAUAUGGUCAGACUUGCUACAUUAUUCACAUUGAUAAGGUUAUUGUAAAAAAACGUAUGUUGUCAUCUUUUGGUUGAAAAGGUCAGUGGUAAGACGUGGCAACUCGGAACAACAUUUUCUCUGAUUUUCCCACUUGUAAUUCCGACUUGGAGGGUCAUUCAAGUGAAUUUUCCCACUGGGAAUUAGGAGCUUCUGAUUGCACGUGAACGCGGCAAUACUUCCAUUUCAUCCAUAUGAAUAUGCAUUUAUAAAAACAGUCCUUUUUUACAAGGACAUAUUUGAGAACAGGGAAUUUCAAGGGGGAAGCUAAUGUCCUUAUUGACGUUGCAGUGCACUCUACCAAGGGCAAUUGGCAGUACGGGCCAAAACGAAAAUACGCUUGUUUUUAUUACAUAAAAACUGCUUUUAUGUAUAUUGCUCCUUUUAUGGUUUCAGAGAACUGAAAAUUGCCCUUACAAUUUUUUUUUCUUUUAAAGAAAAAUAAGAGAAUUACUUGAAAGCACAGUCCCCUCAUGCAGUCCAUGCUUAAAUGAGUUUAUUGUUAAAAUAUUGUCAUAAUGAAGUGUGAUAAUAACAAGGCCAGGAGAGGCUGCUGGGAGACAACUUCAGCAGAGUGACACUGACGGGGUCUUACCUGUUAUUCUAAGAGCUCAGUUCCACAGGAAGGUUGGACCUUGGCAGUUGCACUCAGUCUCAACGAUUCAAUUUCGAACUCGCAGAUUUAAACAAAUAAAAUAAUCAUGUAGCUAUAUGUGAGGAGGAUACGUAGAACAUCCACCUAGGAAUCCCAGAUGUUUGUUUCUGCGGGUCAUUAACAUAGUGAUGUUCAGUUCCACUGGGUGAAGCAUUCUAGUGCCGUUGGCCAUCUCCAGGGUCAAAGGUCUGGGGUGAGCUGUGUGAUCACCUCGAAUCCGACCAACGACAAUGUGGGUUCUAUCCUUACUAACUGCAGGGUCUAUAUAUAAAUCUAUUUUACACCUCAGUGUACACACUUUGCUGCUACUGUUUGUAAUGUCUACAACAGAUUUUCUUGUCAUCUUGCUCCUGGUAGUGUUAUGAACGAGCAUGAAUUGUAAAGUAUUUAUUGAAUAACAAAUCGCUGUCAGAUGAAAACCUCAUCUCCAAAACUAAAAACUGCCAUAUUUUCCCAUUAACAAACAUACAAUUAUGAACUUUUAGAAGCUAUUUUAAAUACAUUUUAUUGGUCCUAGAGUCAAUGUUUAGAGUACAUUGAGUGGACUUACUGCUUUCAAUACAUGUAAAAAAGAUAACAAUUUAAAAGGCAAAAAGUGGAGUUACGAGGUUUUCAUCCAACUGCGACGUAAUAAUAACUUGUAAUUAAUUUGAUGUCCAUGUAGCUUCAGUUUGACAUUUUCUUGACCUUGCUAGCUCUGUCAUUAGAUCCAAGUUAAGAGAUAGUCGUGUGGUUAAGGAAGCAGAAGCAGAAGGGAUGAAGCAUCAGUAAAGAGAACAGUUGUAGUACUCCCUGUCAUUAAAGAAUACAAAACCUUUUCUUUCCCCUUGUGAAUAGGACCCAUAAGGAUGUGAAAAUUAUAUGAUCUGCAAGAAAGUGUUUUUGUACACUGUACGUCCUUAGUAUUUUUACACGUAAAUGUAUAUGAUAGGGAUACACAUUAUUUUCCUUCUUACAGACCGCUUAAAUAAAGCACCUUGUCAAUCUGC